GUUAUUUUGAGAAUUGCAUGGUGACCGCAGUGUUGAUCCACAAUGAUGUGGUGGUUAGACUCUCAAAGGAUGGUUUAGCAUCUUCAGAUUUUUGUGUCAGCCCAUGAGCAGAUUUAUUUGGUGAGAGAACAUGCUGUGGUGUUUGACUGGAAGUAAAAUAUGCAGACACUCUGCCUUUUGUGACUUACAGUUUGACAAAUAUUUAGGUAUUGAAACAUUUUACAGGCUCUUGCCAGCAGAGGUACCAUAAUGCAUCUGCAGGGGGUGCCAGAGGUUCUUACAGUCGCCUUGUGAUGUGGCUCCUGGUCGUUUCCGUGCCGCUGCUUCCCGCCAUCGUCAUGUUAUCCAGACUUUAUCGUGUCAAAGCUGCCGCGCUGUGCCAUCGAGCCCUGGCGAGGGCGCUGAAGAUGGUGCGAGCGAGUGUGUGCGUGAGAAGCACACACGCCUUUGUGUUCUCCAAAUGCACCCACGGCAAAGCUGACAGCGUCCUGGAGACCUUUGACCUUUACGCUGACACACACCCCUCCCUCUGCAUCAGCCCGCAGACUGCUGAAGCUCUGGAUGAAGUGGUGAGGCGUGUCCGUCCCUCCCGCGUGUUGGAGCUGGGGACGCACUGUGGCUACAGUUCAGUCCGCCUGCUGCAUCUGCUGCCCCCUGCUGGCAGACUGAUCACAGUGGAGUUGGACCCAGUCACAGCAGAACUGGGGGAGGAAAUCAUACUGGUGGCUGGCUUCAAACACUCCCAGUUCCAGGUGCUGACAUCGAGCUCAGCUGAGGCCAUCCCGACUUUGCGUUCAUCUCUGGAGCUUAAUCAAGGGACCAGUGAGGGGCUCAGUCUGGUGCUGAUGGACCAUGACCCCCUGCAGUAUCUUCCAGACCUGCUGGCUCUGGAGAGAGAGGAGCUGCUCUGCCCCUCUGGCUGCUCCGUCGUUCUGAUCUCCAGGAACCAAAGAGCCGGAGAUCUCAGAGAGAUCCUGAGUCACAUCAGAGCGAGGCCCGACUGCUACUGUGUUAGGUCACAGCUUCAGUUUAUGACGGAGAUCUUCUAUCAAGAGAAAAGCACCAGGACAGAAACACAGUUAUAGCAGUAUCUGAAGAUGUGGGUGUGCUGAUUUCAGUUUGUGUGGACUUUAUCAAACAACAGUGUUAAAUACGUCAUCAUCUCUAGUGUCACAAACAAUUUGCAGAA